CCCACGUUUCAGCGACACACCCGUCGUUUUCUCCUCCCCCCAUCGAGGGGGAUCGACUCCUCGCGAUGGGACCCGCCCUCGCUUUCUUCUCCUCCUCCUCCUCGUUUCGUCUCUGCUUCCCCCCUCGCGCAAUCGGAGAAGGAAGGGCACAGCAGGAAACCGAGCCCUCAAAUCCAACUGCAUCGCGUGAUCGCGCCGCCGUUUCCCCUCUCGGUCUCGAUUCGGGGUGCUUGUUAAGAGGGAGGUACUGGACCAAAUUUCUUGAUCACGAAUGGUGCCCAGGGACAGGGUUCAUGGCUUCGCCGCUGGUACUCCGGUCCCAUCGGAGAAGCUCGUGCAAGGGCCUGUCUUGAACAAGAAGUGUGAAAAGGUUCUUAAGAAAGUGCACAAAUCCGAGAGGGAGAAACGUAAGCGGGACAAGCAGAAUGGUCUCUUCGAUGAGCUGGGAAACAUGCUAGAACCUGAUAGGCAGAACAACGGGAAGGCAUGCAUAUUGAGUGACACUACAAAGAUACUGAAAGAUCUACUUUCACAAGUAGAAUAUCUUCGGAAGGAGAACAGCGUGCUGAAGAACGAAUCUCAUUAUGUUGCAUUGGAGAGAAAUGAACUACUUGAUGAAAACAAUGUGAUCCGCAAUGAAAUCUCAGAACUUCAAAAUGAACUUAGGAUGCGGCUGGAAGGCAACCCUAUUUGGAGCCAAGGCACAGCUAGAUCAAAUCUUGCUGUGCCUCAUCCCGCAACCACAGUAUUUGCAUUGCAACAUUCACCACAUCCAUCAGUCAUCACAACGAUGGCACUCCCUCUGCAACAGCCAGCAGUCCUUGAGCAAUCUUAUGCUGCCCCACCGCGGGAGCUACAGCUCUUCCCCGAAGCUGCAGCCACUGAAGACACUGAACAACCACAAGACAUGGGGAUUUCUAAUAAUGUGACACGGCCGCAGGCAAGGUACCCAACAACAAUGGCCACUUUGCCUGUACACGUGUAUCCAAUCCUUCCAAGAAUGGAAUAUGAGCAAUGUAGCAGUGGCACUAAUGGUAGUGGAGGGAAAGGUGGCCCAAGCAACGCUUAAAAGCCUGAGCACAAAAUGAGGAAUCUGGUUCGCGAUCUGAAAAGUUUGUUAGUUUCAAGUUUUAUCUUUCCCAGUGUAGCUAAUGUGCUAAAGAAACCUGUGCCCCUGCGCAUGUAAAUACCAUUCCGUUCUGUAUCAGCGGGAUUUUUGUCCUCAACUAGUUACUUUGACGGGAGCAAUCUUAGUUAAUUUGUUGUAUCAUAGUAAUUAUCAGGCAGAUGUUCAAGGGAGUAAAUACCUUAUUAGUAGAAAUUAAUCACUUCUUUCUGAUA